AGAUGAACAAAUAUGACCCUUCAAAUUGCUGAUUUAUAUUGUGGUACUGGAUGGGUGAAUCAAAUGGUUUGCUAAAUGAAUCAGAGGACUUAGAAAAUCUUGUAAGUACUGAGGAUGAACUUGAGGCUGAGCGGAAGAACAUUACUCUUUGGAGAAGUCCUCUGAAAACAUUUUACUAUUUUGGCUGGCAGACGUUUGAUGAACUUUGUAAAGGUUUUAAGUUUGCAAAGCUGCACAAGUUAAAUAUAGCGGUGACGGCUGGGGUGACUUUAGCAAUCUUACUGUUCCUCAACAUCCCUGGAGCUCAACAAAAGUACGUGGUGUGGUUAAACAAGGAGAUCUGGUGGAGCGUCUGGUGGGUUGGGCUGGGGAUACUCUCUACUGUAGGACUGGGAACUGGACUACAUACCUUCAUUCUCUACCUGGGUCCACACAUAGCCCAAGUAACCAUGGCAGCAUGGGAGUGUAAGAGUGUAGAGUUCCCAGAACCUCCUUAUCCAGAUGUUGUGAUAUGUCCACCAGAAGGAACCUCUCUCAUGCACGUGGAUAUGUGGGUUAUCAUGUCCAAAGUUAGAUGGGAAUCACUCAUGUGGGGUAUUGGUACAGCAAUAGGAGAGUUACCACCCUACUUCAUGGCUAGAGCUGCCAGGCUAUCAGGUAACGAGAUGGACGACAGCUCAUAUACCGACCUUCAGAGAGUAAAAGACCCUUCUACUCUCAAAUGGGGAGAUAGAUUUAAACGGUGGAUACAAAACUUUGUACAAAGUGCCGGCUUCAUUGGUAUUCUAAUCUGCGCUAGCGUACCUAACCCACUGUUCGACUUGGCUGGCAUAACCUGUGGUUACAUGCUUAUUCCAUUCCUAACAUUCUUCCCUGCUGUGCUUCUCGGCAAAUCAGUCUUCAAAGUACACCUCCAGAUGGUGUGCGUUGUGAUCCUCUUCACAGCAGAUAACCUCAAACUGUUCGGAGAGAAGAUAUCUCACCUCCCCCUCAUAGGACCAGCUCUCCAUGGUCCCUUUACAGAGUAUAUGGAACAGCAGAGGAUUACACUUCAUGGUUCCUCCGCAAACCACAUCCAACAUUCGCCCACAGUGAUCAGCAUAGUGUUCAACGUGUUUGUGGGUCUAAUGUUACUGUUCUUCCUCGUGUCCAUAAUACACGGCACUGCACAGCAGAAGUUCCGAACACUGAACAAGAGCAGGUUGCCCUUGAAAGAAGAGAAAAGAGAAACGUCUCACUUACUUGACAAACAAACAGAUGAACAAACAGACAAGCAGAUGAACAAACAGACAGAAUAAGUUGACCAACUGACUUUGUACCAUGAGAAAUUUUGUAAAUCACAUGUUUACAGCUCCUUUCCCAGUCUAAAUUAUAUAAUGGAAACUCGGAUAUUCGAUAUAACCCAUGAAAGCAUUAAGGAUAGAAUUAUUAGAAGCAGAUUGGGGUUGACUGUAAAAUUUGACUGAUAUUUUCCGCUGUGUUAUUCCUUAAGAUCUUUAGGAUUUCGAUUUUAACCGAUAAAACUUGUGUUAUGAUGAAUGAUCCAAUUAAAUAUAAUUCUGUAAUUGUGUUGAACAAAUAAUAAGCUUCAGCUACAGGUCAAGAAAUUUUAUUUGAUAUGGUGUAACUACAAUUUAUCUUUGUAUGCUAAGGUGAAAAUCUUGAACAAAUUUGUUAACACUAAUUA